GUAGGUUGCAGCCAGGCGCACAGGGUCGGUGGUUGCGCCCAGCGGAGCGCACGGAGAUCGGAAACGCGUACCGGCUGCAGCACGGUGCACACGGUCAGUGGAGACGCUCAGCGGAGCGCACUGAGGUUGGAAACGCGCCAUGGAUUCGAUAGCCUUUGAGGAUGUGGCUGUGUACUUUACCCAGGAAGAGUGGGCCUUGCUGGACAUUUCCCAGAAGAAUCUCUACAGAGAUGUGAUGCAGGAAACCUACAGGAACCUGACUUCUCUAGGAACAGAAUGGGAACAAUGGGAUUUGGACACUUACUACAGAAGUCUGAAGAGAAACCUGAGAAUCCAAAUGGUAAAUGGAGACCAUGAACUUAGAGACAAUGACCAAUGGAGAGAAACCACAGCUCAAAAUCCACUCUGUAUCACAAGCAAAAAAAUGCCUGAACCAAAGCUUCCUGAAUGUCAGUCAUCCCUAAAGAGGCAUGUUACAUUCAACCCUCAAAACAGACCAUGCGACUAUCAGAAAUAUGUAAAGAAAUACUGUGAAUGUAGAACAUGUGGUGAAGUCUUUAUGUGUCCCAGCUCCUUUAAAAAUCAUAAAAAGGUCCACAGUAGAGAGAAACCUUAUAAAUGUCUGCAUUGUGAGAGAACCUUUAGUUACCGCUUCUGGGCUGAAAGGCAUAUGCUAACUCAUAGUGCAGACAGGCAUAAAUGCAAGCUGUGCGGGAAAAUAUUUCCUAAUGCUGAUACCCUUCGGGGUCAUAAAAUAAUUCACUCCGGAGAGAUGCCUGAAUGUAAGGAUUGUGGGAGAAUGUUCUGGACUUCCAGUUCCCUUGAAAUGCAUAAAAGGCUUCAUACAACAGAAAAACUUUAUGAAUGUAAACACUGCAGGAAAACCUUCAAGAAUUAUUGUUCCUUUAGACUACACGAAAGGACUCACACUGGGGAGAAACCUUAUGAAUGUAAGCAGUGUGGGAAAACCUUCAGACAUUCCAGCCAUGUACAAGCACAUAAGAGAACUCACACUGGAGAGAAGCCCUAUGAAUGUAAGCAGUGUGGGAAGACCUUCACUUCUGGGCAUUGUGCAAGAAGACAUUUAGGGACUCACAGUGGAGCCUGGCCUUACAAGUGUGAGGUGUGUGGGAAAGCUUAUCCGUAUGUCUAUUCCCUUCGGAAUCAUGAAAAAAGCCAUGCCAAAGAGAAACUUUAUGAAUGUACGCAGUGUGGGAAAACCUUUAAAUAUAGGGCUUCCUUACGAAACCAUUUGACCACUCACACUGGGGAGAAGCCGUAUGAAUGUAAGGAGUGUGGGAAAACCUUCAGUUGUUCCAGUUACAUUCAGAAUCACAUGAGAACACACGGGCAGCCCUAUAAAUGUGAAGAGUGUGGUAAGGCGUUCUCAUUCUCCAAGAGUCUUCGAAGGCACAUGAAUGUACACAGUUGAUUGGUGGGAAGCUUUAUGAGUUAGAGGUCGAGUAUAAGAAGAACUCCACACAUUCAAGCUCAUGUUCAAAAUGAGCCUGUGAGCGCAGUGAGUUUGCAUUGGUUUCGGUUAGACGGGCCACAGUUUGGUGUGCCAAAGCCUAUGAGUUGAAAGUGUGUUGGGAAGCGUUUGAACACUGAGGACUUAACUGGAGGUGAAUACUGACCUGGGAAAGCUUUUUGCUCAUCCUUGAUAGCAUACAUGGGAUGAUAGUGGAGAGAAACUCUAUCACUGUUAGCAGUAUGGGGAACAUUUUACCUUGAAUUCCCAGUGUGGGAAAGUCUUCAGUAGGCUCCACCGCAGACCCAGACUCUCUAAAUGGAGGAAUACUUGGACUCUUGCAAUGUUAACAUGUUCAAAUGCCUGAAAUGAAGCUGAGUCCCCAAAUCUCAUAAACCUAAGAAGUAUAAAACCCGCUGUGUCAGUAUACUGUGGAUUUCUGAUUCUUAGUCAUAAUUCUGUUGGUACUUUUUGUUUAGUUAUACAUAAUUUUUUAAGUACUUUUGUAAUUAAUGGGCCAGUAAAAUCUGACUUUGUAAAUGUCCAGACUUUUGUCAUAGUCCUCGACUGUUCAGGUGUGGCUGUACUUUGUUGUUUGUUUUCUAAUAAAAACGUCU